AACCCGCCAAGAAACACAGCGAAGAAAGAAAGAAGACGAUCUCCUGGAAUUAUUUUCCAUUUUAUAUCAUUAUUAUUUUCUAAAUUUAUUAUUUGGUUGUUGGUGAAUACAUCCAUCUUUUUAUAUAUAAAUAUCAAAAUCCAGAACACUACAUUCUGCUACCUAUCACUGUGUUGAGUGUUGUAGCUUCUCUUACGUCCUCAAAUUGUCAUUUUCAUUUUCGUUUCCAACUGAAACAAGAUCAUAUAUGUUAUUUGGCGGGAGAUUCACCUAAUAAUAUUAUUCUUCUGGUUGAUGCUGUGAAAGCUGGCAAAACAAUUGAAAGCUAUAUUCCUCCAGAAAUUCAAUGCAGAGGUAGACAUACUACAAUAUUUUUAUUACAUAUACAUACAGCUAGGGUUUUGAAUUGAAGAAGUUGCGUGCAAAUUCAAACACAACUAAAACCAUAUGGAUUCGAAUCGCGAAUCGUUAGAACUGCUGCAGCAGGAGCCGAGCAUCGAUACCGAUAAGCUCAGCUACGAGAUCUUCUCCAUCCUCGAAAGCAAGUUCUUAUUCGGUUACGACGAACGAAAGUUCUGGAAACCAAAACCCGUUUCGCCGGAAAAUUCUGUUGCAUCGCCGGAGACGGCGGCGGUUACCGACGGAGAUGUUCAUGUUCAGUCUGUGAAGAAUCAGAGAGGAAAAAUCUGUGUGUUGUCGAUUGACGGUGGCGGAAUGCGGAAUAUUCUCGCCGGAAAAGCGUUAGGGUAUCUCGAAGCCGCGUUGAAAAAGAAGUCCGGUGAUCCGAACGCGAGAAUCGCCGAUUAUAUCGAUGUUGCCGCCGGUACCGGCGUCGGAGGUGUUUUCACGGCGAUGUUGUUCGGAACGGAGAAUCAGACGGUUCCGAUUUUUGAAGCGGAGGACACGUGGCGAUUUUUGGUUGAGCGAGGGAGGCGAUUGUACGGCAGUGGUGGUGGCGGCGGUGGUUUGUUGAAGAGAAUAUUCCGGCGCGGUGGUGUUAAUGGCGGUUUAGGUUAUAACACGGUGGCGAUUGAAAACGAAAUGAAAAAGGCGUUUGAGGUCAACGGGAAAAGUUUGACUUUAAAAAACACUUUGAAGCCGGUUUUGAUCCCUUGUUAUGACUUAUCCAGCUCGGCUCCGUUUUUGUUUUCCCGAGCCGAUGCUUUGGAGACUGAUAGUUUCGAUUUUCGGCUUUGGGAGGUGUGUCGUGCCACGUCAGCUGAUCCGGGAUUGUUUGAGCCCGUGUUGAUGACGUCUGUGGAUGGAAAGACGCGGUGUUUGGGGGUUGGUGGUGGUUUGGCUAUGAGUAAUCCUACGGCGGCUGCGAUCACUCACGUGUUGCAUAACAAACAAGAGUUUCCAUUCGUGCGUGGAGUGGAGGACCUUUUGGUACUUUCGUUGGGGACCGGUCACUCUUUUGAAGGAAACUAUGAGUAUGACCAAGUUAAAGGGUGGACGGGGAAAGACUGGGCUCGACCUGUGGCUCGGAUUUCCGGUGAUAGCUCGGCUGAUAUGGUGGAUCAUGCGGUCGCUUUAGCGUUUGGUGAGAAUCGUUGUAGCAAUUAUGUUCGUAUACAGGCAAACAGUUCAAGUACGUGCCGAUUCGGGCCCAAUGUUGAUUCGGAUCCUAGUCCAAGCAAUGUAAACACACUCAUCGGCAUAGCUGAUGAAAUGUUGAAGCAAAAAAACGUUGAAUCGGUGUUGUUUGGUGGUAAGAGGAUUGGGAACCAGACAAAUUUCGAGAAACUCGAAUGGUUUGCUGAAGAACUCGUUUUGGAACAUCAGAGUAGGAGUCGACGUAUUGCUCCCACUGUUGCGUUUAAACAAACCGCCUCUACACCGACGUAAAGGGGGUGUUGAAAAGAAGUGAAAAGGGUAAAAAGGUAAAGAAAAAGCUAAGUCUGGGGAAAUGUUUAGACUUUCAGAGUACAGGCAUUAUGGUGGUGUGAGUGGAUAUUUGUGAAACUUUGGGGACUACUUUGGCAAAUUACUGUUGCAUUUGGUUUUCAAGUUCCCAAAAGUCCACCUGUUUUUCUGUUUAGGGUUUUCAAUCAAGUCCCCAAGGAACUUUAUAUGUUGUAAAGAAGCUCCCUAAGUGUCCAUAUUCUAGUAUGUUUGUUUGUUCAGGUUUACUUUUCAAUGUGAUUAAUGCCAAUGGUGACCAAACAAGUCA